CCACCAUCAUUGUUACUUUUCUGAUUUAAAUUGUAAUGUAUUUCAUGUGUUUCAAAUGUACAAGAGACCUUGUGAAAUUUCAACUUCAAGAUUCAUAGAACCUUCUUCAGCCAUAGUUCAGGCUCUGAAGAAAUAAUCGCUGCAGUAAGAAUGGGCAGAGACAGGUUACAAAAGAACCUGCUCUGAUACCAUGUUAAUUUUCUGAUUUAAAUUGUAAUGUAUUUCAUGUGUUUCAAUGUACAAGAGACCAAGUAUACAUGAGAGAAGAGAGGAGAGAGAGAUGGCUACAAGUAAUCAACUGGCAAACCCUAGUGACCGGAUAAACCUAGGCUUAAUCCAAUCCUUAAAGCAAGGAGAUUACACCAAACGCUAGGUUAUGAAGUUAAUCACGUCAACUCCCUUCAAUCAAGGGAAGAUAGCUGUUUUACACUUGAGAUAAUGAUGACCUUGAUAUCUAGGAAGGGUGACCCUAGAAACCGAGAGACCAAAGAGUCGUUAAUGGUGAAUUAUUCAAAAGCUAUGAGCAAUGUGAAGGAAUUAGAGUCCAUGGGAUGCAUUGUAUUGCAUGAGGUGGAUGUCCAUAGCAUGAGCAGGCACCCUUUCCUGAUUAGUGUACGCUUUGAUCGCAUAAUCUAUAAUUUUCCUCACGCCGGUUACUUGCAUGGCUCUGAACGCAACAAGUUACAGAUUUGGUUUCAUCAGCAUUUGGUCAGGGGAUUCUUUGAGAAUGCAAGGGAAAUGCUGACCGGAGUAGGAGAAAUUCAUGUGACACACAAGACAACAUUUCCUUUCAGUGAAUGGAAAAUAGUGGAGUUAGCUUAUAUGGCUGGAUUAUAUUUGGUUCAUGAAGAACAAUUCUUGAUAUGGGAUUAUCCAGGUUAUGAAAACAAGAGAGGAGCUGGGAUGUGUGAUCAAACUUUUCCUAUUGGAAGGUCUAGCACCUUCAAAUUUGCCAGAAUGUUAUUGUUGUACCGUUCUACCACUUCUGGUUUCCACCUUGGCGCUACUUCUUCGGGUCCAGGGCCUGGAUGGGAUACGUGUCCUCCCAUGCAACUGCCAUUUUACGCAUAAAGUGAUAUUGACUGCUGGUAAGAAGUAGCAUGGAGAGUACGCUUUCGAUCGAUAGGCGAUGGGAUUCUUCAUGAAACAUGAGUCCCCUUGUUUCUUUCCCUAUAACUUCAGAAGUUUUACUUUCCAGCUUAGUUUUGAAAGUGAUCAUCAACUUGACAGAACCUAGCUUUUUGUUGUAUAUGAUUUUUAGUAGAAAAUCAAGGACCAAGCUCUGUAAGAUGAUCUUUCUUUAGACAUUGUAGGAUGAUCCCAGUCAAAUACAUUAUAUAUAUUCCUAUUCUGACGAUGAACUGCAGUUAUCUAUGGAUGUAUUAAUCUUGUGCCUCUUACCAUGUA